GCCGGUAGCGGCAUUCAGAGCACCAUCACUGCCGGCGGAGGAAGGACGGAAGACCAGCUUCACUUUAGUCCUUUACUUUAGUUUUUACCUUUUAAUUUAUUACCUUUGGCCGCAGACAUGCCCGGGUACGCCGACAGAGACCGAAGCCGCGACAGAAGUUAUGGCAAUGGACCGCCACGUUUUGGAGGAAGUCGCGGUGGCCCCCCCCAAGGCAAGAAGUUUGGGAAUCCAGGUGACAGGCUGCGGAAGAAACAUUGGAACCUUGAUGAGCUGCCCAAGUUUGAGAAGAACUUUUAUCAGGAACAUCCUGAUGUGGUCAGAAGGUCCUCACAAGAAGUUGAACAGUACAGGAGAAGCAAGGAGAUAACGGUGAAGGGGAGAGACUGCCCUAAACCUGUAAUGAGGUUUCAUGAGGCCAGUUUUCCAUCUUAUGUAAUGGAUGUGAUCAAUAAACAGAACUGGACUGAUCCAACUCCUAUUCAAGCUCAGGGGUGGCCACUGGCGUUAAGUGGCAAAGAUAUGGUUGGCAUUGCCCAGACAGGAUCUGGGAAAACGCUUUCGUAUUUGCUUCCUGCAAUUGUGCACAUAAACCACCAGCCCUUCCUGGAGCGUGGAGAUGGACCAAUUUGUUUGGUACUGGCUCCCACUCGUGAGCUGGCCCAACAGGUCCAGCAGGUGGCAGCAGAGUACGGCAGAGCCUCCCGCCUAAAGUCCACUUGCAUCUAUGGAGGAGCUCCAAAAGGACCACAAAUCCGGGACCUGGAGAGGGGGGUUGAGAUCUGCAUUGCCACCCCAGGCAGGCUUAUUGACUUCCUGGAAGCUGGCAAGACAAAUCUGCGCAGGUGCACAUAUCUAGUCCUGGAUGAGGCUGACAGAAUGCUGGAUAUGGGCUUUGAACCCCAAAUCCGCAAAAUCGUCGAUCAGAUCAGGCCUGACAGGCAGACACUCAUGUGGAGUGCUACCUGGCCCAAAGAGGUGCGUCAACUGGCUGAAGACUUCUUGAAGGAUUACGUCCAGAUCAAUGUUGGUGCACUGCAGCUCAGCGCCAACCACAACAUCCUACAGAUCGUGGAUGUUUGCAGUGAUGGAGAGAAGGAGGACAAACUGGUGCGUCUGCUGGAGGAGAUCAUGAGUGAGAAGGAGAACAAGACCAUCAUCUUUGUGGAGACCAAGAGGAGGUGUGAUGACCUCACUAGGAGAAUGCGCAGGGAUGGUUGGCCUGCAAUGGGUAUACAUGGAGACAAAAGCCAGCAGGAGAGAGACUGGGUGCUUAACGAAUUCAAGUUUGGCAAAGCUCCCAUCCUCAUUGCUACUGAUGUGGCCUCAAGAGGUCUAGAUGUCGAGGACGUCAAAUUUGUCAUUAACUAUGACUACCCCAACAACUCUGAGGACUACAUCCACCGAAUUGGGCGCACGGCUCGCAGCCAAAAAACAGGGACAGCCUACACAUUCUUCACGCCAAACAACAUGAAGCAGGCGCACGACCUCGUCUCUGUCCUCCGUGAGGCAAAUCAGGCCAUUAACCCCAAGCUCAUCCAGAUGGCAGAAGACAGAGGAGGUCGUUCAAGGGGCGGUCGAGGUGGCGGGUAUAGAGAUGACCGCAGAGAUCACUACUCUGGAGGCAGACGGGGUUUCAACAGCUACGGUCAGGACAGUCGCAGUAAUGACCGUGGUUAUGACAGUGGACCAAAGAAAGUCUUUGGCAACAAGGCCCAAAAUGGGGGAGCUUAUGGGUCUAGCAACUACAAUGGUAACAGCAAUAAUGGCUUUAAUGGGGCUUACAACAAUGGACAGUCCAGCUUUGGUGGUAACCAGUCUGGUGGCUUUGGAAACCCGGGUUUCCAGAACCAGCAGUUUGGGGCCAGCCAAGGUGGCAUUCAGAAUGGAAUGAACCACAACCAAUUCCCAUUCAACCCUCAGCAGCAGCCCCCACAGCCUAUGCCCCAGCAGAUGGUGCCCUUCUCUAUGCCCCCUCCUGCCUUCCCCUAGUUAAACUCGCACACAGCCGCAUACGCACAGUGUAAUUUAUUGCAUUUAUGUCCUGUAUAACUGAUACUAUGUUCCAUGACUGUGUUAUGUAUGUUUUUUUUUCCCCCCCAAGCAGGAUUUAAAAGGAGUUGUGCCUCCUACUUUUGAGUCCCAAAGUCUGCCGUGCAGCAGUAGUGAUGGUGCACUUUUUUGUGGGUUUUUUUUUUUUUUUUUGUAUAGCUAUUACAUUCCUCAGUAACUUGAAAUUUAUUCUUUUUGUACCUGUUACACUCGUUAAGGACCUAGGCCUGGAAAGUUUCAAGUAACACCAAGGGGCAUUGCAUGGCCCUUAAAUAAACAAACAAAAAAAGCUUG